UAAACGCAUUUAUUAUAAUCUCAUUAUGCAUCUUAUAACAAAGUCGCGCUUAAUUAGCCCAACCCAUUCUACCGCCCUCCAGAUAACAGUCAAAUGAUCUUAUACCAUCUCUUUCUCGAUCUCCAAACCGCUUUCCGCCGUUUAAAGGGACGCGCAGGUUUUUUUUUGUUAAACAACAGUAAUCGUAUUUGCCAUUACUUAAGCCUUAAGUCUUAACUUAAGGCUCUGAUCUAAUAAAUCCAAAUGUUUAUUAAUAAAUAAACUGAGACAUGUAAAGACAGCAAACUACCACUAUAUGUAACACCUUAAAUAACAAGUUCAGCUGGAAAAUUAUAAUUACCGACUACCUUGGCCGUAUGUUAAGAAAGUUCGAACAGGAGACUUGUUUUAUUAGACUUGCACAUCAAGCAGAUAGUUUAAUCCAAAGGUGUAUACAGCCUUUUAACCAAGCGCCUGUCGAAAAGGAUUUUCACAAGUAAGUGCGCCUAAUAUGUCAAACUGGCUCUUUGCAAGAAUUGACAUUGUGAAAAACCCACAGUUUAUUUUAAAAUUAGCAAUAUAUGAAUAUGUUCCUUUAAGGCUCCUUUACGGCUACGGUGAAAUUUUACGGCGUUGUUUAAUUGAUGGCUUAUGGCGAACAACAUACUUACAUACACUAUCUGUUGUUAUGGUGUGUUGCCCACGGAUGAGUGGUCAUGGUCGCAACGCAACGCUGCGACUCGCUAUUAUUCACUGCUGGCGUUCGUUGUUAACAAACGCUACUGGUGUUGUGUCACAUGAAUUAAAAUAACAUAAUGAUGUAAAAUUCAACGACUCAAUUUAUUUGGUUGUUGUUACCUGGAACAUGGUGAAAUGAUGGAGUACGGUUAUUCAUUUUUAAAUGUAUUUAUUCUUUAUUUUGUGAGUGACAAUUGUGUGAAAGUUUACUUGACUGAAACGUGUUAAGUGUUCAACGUUAAUGAAACUAUAAAAUGUAUUAACUGUUAUAAGGUACAUGCAUAGGCUUUUAGAUACUUGUAACACGCGUGAAAGAUUGGAAUAUAAAGGGCUGGUAAUUUUACGUUUCCGGAUUAAGCAAAAAGCAGUGACUACGAAUAUAUUGCUACAUGGACAACUAAUUCGAACAUUUGAAAGGCGUCUUCAAAUGCUGUCAAUAGAAAAUCAUAUUCAGCCUAAAACACCUUAUUUAGAACUCUUCAAAUCCCUGAGUAGAAUUGUUAACAGUUUAUUUCUCUCGUGAUGCAUGAAUAUUCGCAAACUCCCAGUCAAGUUGAGGUGGCUUUAGUUUUAUUUGAUGUGUACCUCAUUUAAAUUAGCGACAAACCAGCUUUCGUCGAGUUCCGAUUAAGAAAGAACUUUACUAUAUAAGAACACGUGUGUAUCGGGUGAUUCGUCGAGGAUCCGACAUGUAUAAUACAAUAUGGAUGUUUAUUAGGACUGUAUGAGGCUCGUUCAAAUUAAACUAUUGCAAAACAACGCACCCAUAUGGGUCGAAAGAACUAGCUUGUUUUAAUAAAUAUUUUCAACAUCGAGUCAAACGCACAACGGUUCUACCAGAAAUACUUGUUCCGUUGUGUCGGAGAAAACUGCUAUAACAAGAAAGACGCAUGUUAUUGAGUCAGAAGUUAAUUACAAGAAGCACGAAUACCGUUGCGCCACGAGUUCUCGACAUUGCCGGGUUGUUAUAAGAUGGGGUGCUGUCCUAAAGGCGACACCCUGGUGAGCCCAGUGGUGAAGUACGUACUUCUGGUAGGGACGCUAAUACACUGGAUAUGCGGAGCGGGGAUGCUUGCCUUGGGAAUCUGGGCCUACGUGGAGAAGAAUAAGGUGUUCUACCACGCUGUCCAGAACGUUUAUGACGUCAUCUUUGACCUGUCUAUUGUGUUGAUGACGUUCGGAGCGGUCAUGUUCGUGAUAACAAUGUGCGGCUUUGUGGGGGCUCUAAGGGAAAACACGAUCUUGCUCAAAAUUUUCUACUGGAGCCUUGCGGUGAUAUUCGUGGUGGAGGUUGUGGGCGGCUCCCUGGUGCUCAUCUUUAAGGACAGGGCGGUGGGGCACCUGAGCGGCGUCCUCAAGGAGGUGUAUGUACGGGACUACCAGGACGACCAGGAGGGAAUCAUGGACUACUUUCAGGAGAAGUUCGCUUGUUGUGGCGUGGAUGGUUACAAGGAUUGGAACAAGAACGCAUACUUCAACUGCUCAGGCAGGAAUCCCAGUCGCAUAAAGUGCGCCGUUCCGUACUCAUGCUGCAAAAAGCCGGAUGAAAUGAUGCCCGGGUUGCAUAAUAUUUUGUGCGGCGCCAGUGUCCUCUCACAGAACGCGUCGUCUGUGAAGGUGUACACUGUCGGGUGCGUACCGACGGUGGUGGCGUGGCUACACAGCAACAUGCUCAUCAUAGGUGCAAUAGCGAUAGCCAUAGCAGUUCCACAGUUAUUAGGAAUCUGCCUCGGAAAGCUUCUUGUAAACCAGAUCGAGGAUCAGCGCUCCCGCUACUUCAUGCACAGGAACGUUAGGGGCCGGGCAAGGAGUAGGGUCGAGGGCGACAUCGAACUGCCCAACAAAUUCCGACUGUACACAGAUGCGGCAAAGGCCCAUGUCAAUAAGGCAUUCCAAAACGUGCGCGAUUGGAGAGGGAAUUAUGACAGACGGUGGAGGGAAUGACCUUUGAUUAAGUGAAAAAUAGUUUACUAUCCACAUCAUGCAAACAUGUAUUAUUAUAUUAUAUGCGACCAGCAGACUUUUCUUUAACCCAUUUAUGCCUAGUGUCCUAGAA